UCUUCGCGUGCAAUCCCAUUCUCACGUGGUACGAUAUGAUGGCCGUGGAUCUCUCUAUAGUUUUAGUGUUGCAGAGAGCUACAAAAGUCGCCGGAGACAGAGUCACCGCGUUACUCUCAGCUCCGCAAUUAAUAAACCAGAAACCUAAGCUACCGGCGUCCCCUCCAUUCCAAUUUCAGUAACGAACACAGAAAAGAAAAGCAAGCUGUACUACUCUCUAUUCUGUCUCUUCCAUUCAUUUCGCUGCAUCUAAAACAGAGGUUUUAGCUGCUACCCCUUUUUCUCCCCCAAUCCCCAUCCAAUCGAAUCGAUCUUCCUGCUCUGAUUCAAGAAUUCGCCACCGUUCAGCUCCAAUGGCGAAAGGCAGAUACUCUCGGUUCCCGUCUCGAAAAUCCAAUUCAUCCACCAUGAUUUUCACCAUGCUCCUCAUGUUCACCUUCGCGAUUCUCAUUCUCCUCGCCCUCGGAAUUCUCUCGAUUCCUAGCAAUUCUGGCGACUCCAGGAGAGCGCACGAUCUCAGCACCAUUCUCCACAAUCAAGUGAAUAGCAGCGCCGAGGAGGAAAGGAAACCAGAGCCUUGGGCUGAAGUCAUCUCCUGGGAGCCUCGUGCCUUCGUCUACCACAAUUUUCUCAGCAAGGAGGAGUGCGAGUACUUGAUCAGUCUUGCGAAGCCUCAUAUGGUGAAGUCGACAGUUGUUGAUUCAGAUACUGGAAAAAGCAGAGAUAGCAGAGUUAGAACAAGCUCAGGGACAUUCUUAGCUAGAGGACGGGACAAAGUCAUCAGGGACAUUGAGAAACGGAUUGCUGACUUCACAUUCAUACCUGUAGAACACGGGGAAGGGCUUCAAAUCCUUCACUAUGAAGUUGGGCAGAAAUACGAGCCUCACUUUGACUACUUCAUGGAUGCUUACAACACCAAGAAUGGGGGACAACGCAUAGCUACUGUUCUUAUGUAUCUGUCCGAUGUUGAAGAAGGUGGGGAGACAGUUUUCCCUUCUGCAAAAGGGAACUACAGUGCUGUCCCAUGGUGGAACGAGUUAUCCGAAUGUGGGAAGAAAGGGCUUUCAGUCAAACCUAAGAUGGGCGACGCAUUGCUUUUCUGGAGUAUGAAACCUGAUGCCAGUCUGGACCCUUCAAGUUUGCAUGGUGGUUGUGCUGUGAUUAAAGGGAAUAAAUGGUCAUCAACCAAGUGGAUGCGAGUGAAUGAGUACAAGGUUUGAAAUGUGAGAUGAUAAAGGGAACGGUGUAAAAUCAUGUCUUCUGGCCUGCGGGUUGAAAGCUUGAAGGUUGAUAAGUUUUGAAGAGAACCUGCAAUCUUACAAUAUGCAGCAGACCUGUUCCUGCUGUCGAACAUGACAUCCCACGAUUGGGAGCCCCUUUCACACUGUGGCCAUAAGAAUAGGUUUAAUGCGCUUUAUUAGAGUUUGGAGCAGAACAGAUUGGAGACGAUUUCACAGUUCGAAAGCAUAACUGACUGGGUGAUUUUUGUGUUGAUAGUUACGUAAUCCAUAAGUUUUGAAACUGGAAGUUUUGUGUUGACAAUUACGUAAUCCAUAAGAAUAGGUUUAGUCUUUAAUUCGAUUGUCAAAAGGAAGGUUUUCAAGAAAUAUGUAAUUGAAGAAUGAACCCCUCGUACUGGGGAAAUCCAUUGGAGACCUUGGAGUCGGUAGAUGAGAUGCAAACAUCAACAAUUUAUUGUUAGAGGCCUAAUGAUCACAAAAAUAUUCACUUUAUACAAAAC